UGAACACAGCGGAUCACGAUGAUGUUGGCUCGGUCAUGUGAUCAGCUGUGUCCAAUCACAGCUGAUCACAUGGGACAUCUACACUGAUCAUCAAGGCACUGAUGAUCAGUGUGGCCCCAGAAGUGCCACCUGUCAGUGUCCAUCAGUGCCAGCAGUCAGUGCUCAUCAGUGUCACAUGCCAGUGCCCAUUAGUGCCACAUCAAUGCCACAUAUCAGUGCAUACCAGUGCACACCAAUGCCACAUAUCAGUGCCCAUCUGAGCUGCCUUUCAAUGUCACCCAUCAGUGCCAGUCAGUGCCACCUAUCAAUGCCAAUCAGUGCCACCUAUCAGUGCCAGUCAAUGUCGCCUAUCAGUGCCGCCUAUCAGUGCCAGUCAGUGCCGCCUAUCAGUGCCAGUCAGUGCCGCCUAUCAGUGCCAGUCAGUGCCGCCUAACAGUGCC